UUCAAUAAAAAAAGUUGAUAAUCUUAUGUUUUCUUCUUUUGUAGGGAAAUGAGGCAAGUUAUCCCUUGGAAAUGUGCUCGCAUUUCGAUGCUGAUGAGAUUAAAAGGCUGGGAAAGAGGUUUAAGAAACUCGACCUGGAUAACUCGGGAUCCCUGAGUGUGGAGGAGUUCAUGUCUUUGCCCGAGUUACAGCAGAACCCACUGGUGCAGAGAGUCAUCGAUAUAUUCGACACGGACGGCAACGGAGAGGUGGAUUUCAAAGAGUUCAUCGAGGGCGUCUCUCAGUUCAGUGUGAAGGGGGAUAAGGAAAUGAAGCUUCGCUUCGCUUUCAGGAUCUACGACAUGGACAAGGACGGCUACAUCUCCAACGGGGAGCUGUUCCAGGUGUUGAAGAUGAUGGUGGGCAACAACCUGAAGGACACGCAGCUGCAGCAGAUCGUGGACAAGACCAUCAUCAACGCAGACAAGGACGGGGACGGGAGGAUAUCCUUCGAGGAGUUCUGCGCUGUCGUGGGAGGUCUCGAUAUACACAAGAAGAUGGUCGUGGAUGUGUGAGCGAGUCCGUCUCUCUCCACCAGACCCGCUUUCCUCUCAUCUCUGACGAUCUGCUCAAGAUAUCCAGCAAAUGCUCUCUGUGUAUUUCAAUGGAAGUAUUUAAGCCACUUUUGUCAAAUAGAAGCCUUGUCAAGCCAACGUGUGAGUGUUAUUGACCUCCGAUCUGCUCAAUAACCUGCUGUAGCACUUUAUGGGCUCAUGGACACUGAAAGAGCAUGUCAGGUAAAGGGGAAAGAGCAUUGGCUUGUCCAUAUUUAUUUAGGGGUUUUUUGUUUUGUUGAAAUGCUUCUUUUUUAAUAUUUAUUUUGUUUCAUCUUUUUUUUUUUUUUUUUAAAUUAAGUAUAAUAUAAAUAAGUAUAUGUAGGGUAUGACGUGCCAAGCAGAACAAACAAGCUUGUUCCAUUGCAUGACGUAAAGAUGCAAUGUUUGCUUUUUUUCCUGUUACGCUUUGUGAUAUAAUCUAUUUCUAUCAUUCUAGCAUUUUGGAUUUUAGCAUCUAACCAUGUUUAAUACCUGUUUUUGUAUUAAUCGUGAUAUAAUGUUUAUGUAUAAAUGUUUAUAUUGUUGGAAAGUG